CGGCGCUUUGGCCCGCUGGAGUGCAUCGCGAAACGAAACGACGAAGACAGAGAGAAACGAACUCUCUUUCUUACUCCCUCUCUGCGUAUCGGUGUGCAGCGUCUGUGCGCGAGUGUGUGAAGCCAUUCGCGAGUGCACGACAUCGCCACCCGAACUAGUGGCGCUGCUAGCGGGCUGGACGAUCCUGUUCAACGUGCCUCGAGAAAGACAGAGCGAAGGGAAGAAGCGUGAGCGCGACGAAGACGGAAAACUAAAAAGCGCACGUAUAGAUAUAGUAGAGAUGGGACACGGCCGAGCGAGCAAAUGGCUGCCGUGGCGGCCAUGAUGGCGAAGCGUAGGGCCAACUCAUCGUCGAUACCAGCAGUUUGUGAUUUCGCGGGCCUGCAGCCCAGCUUACGGCACACGAUGCCUGGCUGAGGUCCAGCCAGCCAGCCAGAGACCUGUCUGUCGAGCUCGUAGUGCAUAUCGACAACCAGGAAGCUUCGAAGAGACAUUAGCUAUAUACACACACACAUACACGUCACACUAGACGGAAUACUUGUGCCCCCUCCCCCCCCUCUCGACCACGAAACUCCGUGCGCUAUAUAUACGACUACUGGGACGAGCAGAAUAUACCUACCGAGCGAGUCGAGGAGGAGAGGAGGAGCAGGCGCGGGUGAGCAGCGGCUGCAGCUGCGCCCUCCCGCGCGCGCGCCGAGCCCGCCGUUCCCGCAGCUCCGAGGGGAGCCGCGGCAGUGGCCUGCUAGCUGACGACUGUCAGCACAACACGACCGAGAGUGGAGCACAAGGUGCAGCAGCGCCGGCGCCAUGAGCAAGCUCUCGUUCAGGGCGCGGGCCCUCGACGCGAGCAAGCCCAUGCCCAUCUUCAUGGCCGAGGAGCUACCGGGCCUGCCGGAGUUCUCGGCCAUCAACCGGGCCCUGCCGCAGAUGCCGAGCGUCAUGCAGAAGGAGGAGGAGUGCGAACUCCACCUUCAGGCAGCAAUGGAGAAAAAGCUGAUUAUUCCAACACCCGAAGUCAGCGAUAUCACGGAUACAGAGUUUUACGACAAAUUGUACCCUGCAAAUUACAAACAACCCAAGCAGUUGAUACACAUGCAGCCGUUUGCAAUGGAACAAGAUAUCCCAGAUUACGAUAUGGAUUCAGAGGAUGAAAAAUGGGUUGAAGCACAAAGUCGAAAACUAAAUCUGACGCCGUUACAGUUUGAAGAGAUGUUGGAUAGGCUAGAAAAGAAUUCAGAGCAAACGGUCAUUAAGUUACACCAGGCAAAAGAAAUUCUAAAAGAAAAUGAAGACCUAAUCAUCGCCGUAUAUGACUAUUGGCUCAAUAAGCGACUGAAAACUCAACAUCCUUUGCUAUUGGCCGUAAAAACAGAAAUUCGGGGUGGUUCUGCUGCUGCCAAUAACCCUUAUUUAGCAUUUAGAAGAAGAACAGAGAAAAUGCAAACGCGCAAACAUCGUAAAAAUGACGAAGCAAGCUACGAAAAGAUGCUUAAGCUUCGAAGGGAUCUUUUCAGAGCUGUGGAACUAUUGGACAUGGUCAAAACGCGAGAAAAUCUUAAACGUGAUCAUCUUAAUGUUACUAUCGAAAUUUAUGAAAAAAGGUAUCAAGCGCAAGACUUCAGUGGACAACUGCUCGCCGAAGUUUCGGCACUUAAGGCAUCCAGACCUGCGUUUGCUCCUCUGUUCACUAACCAGUUUGGAGUCCACCAAAACUGGGCCAACAAAGUGUGUGGAAAAGACGAUUCUAUACCAAGGAAGGAAAAAAGACAGUAUAAAAAACGAAAACAUAAAUCGGAUAUCAGGAGCGGUGGAUUGGAUGACGGUAAUAUUCGUGGGGGCAUCGGAACUGGUGGAAGCCGAGGCAAUCGUAUGGGCUUCGGAAGCGGGCUGGACCCGCUCGCUAGUUCGGACGAAGAAGGUCCGCUCCCGUCUCAUACACAGUCUUCUUCUCUUCCUUCGGAUCGCGACGACGAGGACACGGCAGAUGAAGGUCAAUUCACUUUUCGACGAAACAGAUAUAAUAGUUAUUUACCUCCUGUAUCAGGAGGGUUUGGAAAUUGGCCUUGGUGUUCUAAAGAAGAAGGAGGUCUUGCAGAUAAAAAAUAUAGGUUUGCUCUCACGAGCAUUAGUAAGCCUACACCAAGGUGUAUUGGUUACGCUCGGCGGAGGAUAGGUCGUGGUGGCAGGGUCAUAUUGGAUCGUUAUUCAAACGACAUGGACGAUGUCUGGUCCUCUUUAGAUUUUACGAUACACGAAUCCAAACGUGAUGCAUCGGAUCCAACGGCAGUUAAACACGAUUGGCUUCACUUUCGACCAAAGACGCCGCCACCUACGGAACACAACCCAAGUGAAGAGAGUAGUUCGAGUGAUUCUGAGGAAGAAUCGAUGCCAAGAUCGCAGCCAGAAUCACUUCCAUAUCCUUUCCCGCUAGAGGCAACGUCGAUAUGCGUCGAUUUUGAAACAGAUCGCAUGGACGAUGAGCCACCUUUCACGUCUGAAUUCAACAUAACGGACUACUUCUCUGUAGAUGGAGUGUCGGACUUUGACCUAGCUCUGCCUACUGAUAUUAGUGUGGAGCCAACAACAGACAAUAGUGAUUGGCGGACAGAAGAACUAGGAUGCUCUCGCGUCCAUGUUCUACCCGAGGUCGGAAAUGUGUUCGUACCACAAAUCCGACCGACGACGCAGUGCAGUGAUAGUGCUAAUAGUGUAAAUACGUCAAGUUGCUCGAAUGCCAUGUCGUCGAAUACGACAAGCAGUAGCAGCAGCAGUAGCAGCCAGUCAACAAUGGUGUCAAGCACGUCUGUGUCUACGCAGUGUUUAAGUGUUGAGGUUCAGUCGAGUAAUAACCAGGAUAAAUCUCACAAACAAUUGUUAAAUAACAGCACUGCUGCCUCCAUACUGUCCAAGUCCCUGACUAGUCCGACAAAUAACAGGAGUAGUGGCGCUGGGGGGGUCAGAGUCAUUGGUACGGCGACAGGAACUGUAACUAGUGCUAGUUGUACUAGUACUAGUGGCGCAAACUGUGGUAAUGGCCAUCCAAACGGUCCUGUUAAUUCCGUGCAAAAUGCGAAGAGUUUGCCGAACAGUACUCAUAUGGUAAACAAUCAACCAACGAUACUUUUAUCGCAGAAGCUCACCCCGUCCAAUUUGCUGCCAAGUCUCAAGCUUGCCAAUCUUGCCAGACAGCAGCAGCAAACUCAGCAAAAUCAGACUCAGCAAAUCCCAACGUCCGGGGAAAUUACGCUUAAUAGUAAUAGUGAAAAGUUGGAAAUGGAAGUGGAUGAAGUUGAGAGUUCGCCCUGCGAUGGCAAGCCACAACAACAGCAAUUAGUCAGAGCAAGCAAAACAAAUUCACUUGCAAUGGAAGUGACAUGAUGCCUGCUGUCGGCACCCCUGUUGCUGUCAUGUCACUGGGGGCUUUGUUAAUCAUUUUUACCAUGCCACGAUAAUCUAUAUCUACAACAAUUUAUUGGCAAUGGUUACAGUCGAGGUUUCUACAACUCGUUGUGACACUUAUAAGUAUAAAUAUCGUGGUGUGGUCAGGGCACGAAAAUAUUAAAUGAAGAAAAAAUGAGUAAAAAAAAAAAAAAUAAUAAGCAGCGUGAUGUUAACACCCGUUUCAUGACAACUAGAUUGAAGUGCGCUCACAACAAGAUAAAGCAAAAAAUGAUGGAACACACAUAUACACUAUACAACUCCCUUUAUUCAACUUGAACAGUAUUUAAAAAAUUUAAGAUUUAAAAUGUGCAACAGAUUCACUUUCCUUUUCUUUUUUUGUAUUACAUUUUUUGAGUAGCAGCCUUUGUCAGCAGUGUACGUUACGUAGAAGAAACACAUUACUUAUGUCUCAGUGUGUGUGAAUAAUGUUUGGUUUUUAAGUACACUGUUUCAACCAAAGAAAAUGACGGGAUUUAUUUUUAUUUCCUAUUAAUAAUAAUGAUAAUAUGUAUUGCUUUGCACAUAUCUCUUCCACUUCAAAAAUAUAUUGAAAUUGUCAUCAAAAAAAUGUGCAAAGCAGUAUAACGCUGUACUUAAAAACAAUCUAAUUCUUCGCGAUUCAUUUGUGGUUCACUUACUCAAAUAUAUAUUAAAAUAUAACAAAAUAUAUGAUUUAUAUAUUAAUUACAUACUGGUUAAACUUUGAUUUAACCUUGAAUCACACACCUGAUGACAUUUUUUAAAUCUUUGGUAAAAAAAGCUUUUUAUUUAGAAAUGUUUCCUAAAAUUUGUUAAUAACGUCAAACCCCUAAUGUUAAUAUUUAAUGCUACUAACUUAGAUAUCCUAUAGAAAUCUAGCAAUUAUUGCCGUUUUGGAAAAUAACGUACACAAGUAGAAUCUAUUUUACUUCUUUUAUCUCAAAACGACUGACAGCGAUGUUAAUAAAAAUCUAAAUGUUACUUCAAUGCGUAAUGAACAGUAGUAGCAUACCCUGGUUCAAAUUGAUAGUCAUUUUUCAGUUCUCAAAGUGUUACACUCUAAGUAAAAAAUGACUUCAAUCUCUGCAUUGUUCUUCUAUGUAACGUUCCUAAACCUUUACAGCUGAUAGAAAUCUAUUGCCAGUUCUGAGAGCAAAGUGUGCACGUGUGUAUGAUGAAAGGAAAUAAUAAUUCUUAGGGUUACUGGAAAAGUGUGAGAGAAAUAAUUGAAAAUUAAAAUAUAGACUCUGCAUUCCUAGUUUGAUGAAAAAAAAAAAA